AUGCGUCAGCGAGCUGCCUCUCCGGCUCAGUCUGAGGCGGAGUUCGAUAUAUGUAAGAGCCUGUUUGCGGCUGAUGAUGACUCUGAUACAGAGCUCCCUUUGAAAAGGCAGAAGAAGAAACCUGAAACACAGGCGCUCGAUAUGAUGGCCGAGUUAGAGGGAGAUGGAGAAGAUGAUGGCGAUGCUACAUUUAUUGCCGCUGAACAAUCAGUAAUGAACCGCAAAGCAUCUACAUUGAAAGGCCGGACGGUGAAGAAAGGCGGUGGAUUUCAAGCAAUGGGGCUAAAUCCAAAUCUGUUGAAAGCCAUUACACGGAAAGGAUUCUCAGUUCCAACCCCCAUCCAAAGGAAAACGAUACCACUCUUACUGGACGAUCAAGAUGUUGUGGGAAUGGCACGCACGGGAUCCGGAAAGACAGCUGCGUUUGUGAUUCCCAUGAUUGAGAAACUGAAGAGCCAUAGUACCAAAGUUGGUGCUAGGGGCCUGAUUUUGUCACCUUCGCGAGAAUUAGCAUUGCAGACUUUGAAGGUUGUGAAAGAACUUGGCCGAGGGACGGAUCUGAAAUGUGUACUUCUUGUUGGAGGUGACAGUCUUGAAGAGCAGUUUGGAUAUAUGGCUGGAAACCCUGACAUCAUCAUUGCUACUCCUGGUCGAUUCCUUCAUCUCAAGGUGGAAAUGAGCUUGGAUCUUUCUAGCAUUCGAUUGUUUGAGAUGGGGUUUGCUGCUCAACUCACCGAAAUUCUUCAUGCACUACCUUCCUCCCGACAAACGCUCCUGUUUUCUGCAACCCUUCCAAAAUCCUUGGUGGAGUUUGCUCGCGCAGGCUUACAGGAGCCUACUCUUAUACGACUGGAUGCAGAUAGCAAAAUUUCCCCCGAGCUUCAAAGCGCGUUUUUCACCGUUAAGUCAGCCGAUAAGGAGGGCGCGUUGCUGCACAUUCUUCAUGAUCUCAUCAAGAUACCUACCGGCGAGACUGAGGCGGGAAAACUUGCGGCGAAAGAAGCCAAAGAAGCAAAGCAAGAUAACCGAAACUCCAAAAAACGGAAAAGGUCAGAAACGAAAGGGCCUGGUGCACAUGUCAUUCCCGCAGAGCAUUCAACAAUUGUGUUCGUGGCCACAAAACAUCAUGUCGAAUAUAUUGCUACCCUUCUUCGGCACUCUGGCUUUGCAGUCUCGUACGCUUAUGGUUCUCUUAAUCAGACUGCCCGGAAAAUCCAGGUCCAGAACUUCCGAGCUGGGAUUUCCAAUAUACUGGUUGUGACAGAUGUAGCAGCUCGAGGAAUUGAUAUUCCUGUGCUUGCAAACGUCAUCAAUUACGAUUUCCCUUCUCAGCCUAAAAUUUUCAUUCAUCGUGUUGGGCGUACGGCAAGAGCAGGUCAAAAAGGCUGGAGCUACAGCUUAAUUCGUGAUUCGGAUGCACCAUAUCUAAUUGAUCUACAGCUAUUUCUUGGGCGGCAACUUCUUAUGGGGAGAGCUGCUACGGAAAAUGCCAACUACGCAGAGGAUAUCGUCGUGGGUAGCCUGCCACGCAGGUCCCUUGAGAGCCAUUGCGAAUACGUGGACAAGCUACUUAGCGAAGAUGUUGAUAUCGAAGGGCUACGUUCAGUCUCUAUUCGUGGAGAAAAGCUUUAUAUGAAAACUCGAAACUCUGCCUCUGCUGAAAGUGCAAAGAGAGCAAAGGACAUCGUUGCUGCUGAUGCAUGGGGAACAAUGCACCCAUUGUUCAAUGACGAGUCCAGCCGACUGGAAGCUGAAAGAGAGCAAAUGCUGGCUAGGGUUGGAGGGUACAAGCCUCAGGAAACUGUCUUUGAAGUGAUGGGUAAACGAGGAGGGAAAAGUGGGAAUGAGGAGGCGGUAGAAGUGAUGCGCAAGAUACGAUCCGUCAUGGAGAGAAAGAAGUUGCGGAGAGAGUUAGCAUCGCAAAGUUUGCCCUUGCAAAACACACAAGCAGCGCAAAUAGAUGACGAAUCUGGUGAAAAUAUGAGUGAUGCCUCAGCUAAAGAGGAUGAUGAUGCUCCAAUUCAGGGUGACCCGGACAUGUCUCUUGCCGAUGAGUCUGAUUUAGAAGUGACAUUCUCAUACCCAAAACAAGGAAAAUCGCGCUCAAACACCCAGGACGGAAAUCAAAGCAACUCUUUCCAGAAUCCAGAAUACUUCAUGUCAUACACUCCGACGUCUAUCUCGCUUACAGAGAAUCGCGGUUAUGGAGUCCACACUGGCUCUAAUUCCAACACCAGCUUUGUUGAGGCUUCUCGGUCCGCCACAAUGGAUCUCAACGGUGAUGAAGGUGCCCGUGGCCUUGGCGGUGCCGGUUCAAUUAAGCGUUGGGACAAACGGCAUAAAAAAUAUGUCUUGCGUCAAAAUGACGAGGAUGGCUCCAAGGGGGAGAAACUUGUGAGAGGCGAGAGUGGAGCGAAGAUUGCUGCAAGCUUCCGCAGUGGUAGGUUCGACUCCUGGAAAAAGGGGAAGAGACUUGGCCGUCUGCCCAGGGUUGGAGAGAUGGAAAAUUCCAAUCUCGGCAGUACUGGGGGUAUACCUAGCAGGAAAUAUAGGCACAAUAAAGAACAGGCUCCCAAGGCUGCAGACAAGUAUCGUGGUGACUACGAAAAGAUGAAGAAGAAGGGAGAUGCCAUGCAGAAACGCCGGGAAGACGCAGGACUACCUACAUAUGGAGGCAAGAAGAAUGUCAAGAGUGAGCUUAAGAAUUCCGAGGACAUACGGAAGGCUAGAAAGCAACUAGAAAAGAGAAAAGAGAAGAAUGCUCGACCUUCAAAGAAGGGAAAAGGCCGAUAG